AUGGCUGAGGUCCAGAGAAUCGCAUCAGAGAGGCGUUUUGGCAGAGAUGGUCUGAGAAAAAAAGCCCACUCCGUGUUUUGCUGGCAUUGCUCUAUGCUGAAGGAGAGGAGCGUCCUGACCCGCUGUCACACACCGUACAGAGAGAAAUCUCCUCGCUUUGCUGCGGACCCAGAUUUGGAUCAGGAGCUGAGCGAGCGUUUGGGUUUGGGCAGUAAUGACACUCUCAGUAACGGUAACCGCGCCGAUCUGGACUCUGCCAAACGUCUGGCCAAGCGGCUCUUCUACCUCCACGGCUUCAAGAAGUGCGACGUUGCGCGUCAUUUGAGUAAAAAGUGA